AUGUCUUUCCUCAUUGAGACCACCGGCCGCCGUCUGGCUACCCUCCCCCGCGUCGUCCCCAGAGCCGCCGUUGCCGCUCCCCGGACAUUCACCACUUCCUUCACCGCGCAAAAGUCCGCAACGGAGACCGUCAAGGAUGGCCUGAAGACUGUCGACCGUAAGGUCAGCGACAAGCUUGUCGACGGCAUCAAUGCUGGUGCCAACGUCGCUCAAAAGGUCAAGGAGAACGUGCCCAACACCCAGGGUGAGGCCAAGGGCAAGGCACAGGAGCUUAAGGGCGAGGCCGCCGGUAAGAUCAACGAGCUCAAGGGCGAGGCCAAGGGCAAGGCAAACGAGCUUGCCGGAAAGGCCAAGGGCACCGCCGACCAGGCCAAGAAGAACCUGUAA